AUGUACAAGCGGAAGCAAAUUUCAGCAGAGCCAUCCAAAAUCAAACAACCUAAACUAGCGGCAAUCAACAGCUCGGGAGAGCCAUGGAAGCAGGUCUUUUCUGACGCAAACACAGCAUUUCGAGAAAACAAGUUUAAAGAGUCAGUAGCACUUUUCAGCAGAGCACUCGGUAUGUAUCCAAAUCACAUCACCAUCAUGGACUGUCGCGCUGCCGCCUAUGAGAAGCUCAAUGAACUUGAUCUUGCUCUGAAAGAUGCGCUGAGUAUCAUCAAACUAGCACCCAAAGAAGCGAGAGGAUAUCUUAGAGCGGGAAAGGUGUUGUCACUCCAGCAAAAGCAUAAGCAAGCCGUGAGCGUCUACAAACGAGCAUUAACUCGAGUCGAUUCACAAGAUAAGCGCUAUUUGCAAAUCAAAUCUAUGAUGGCCAUUGCAGAAAAGAAGGCAUCACCACCACCGUCAUUCGAUUUUAUGAGGAUCCUACCAUACGACAUUAUUUCACUUAUAUUCUCCAUGCUCUCAUUUGAUCGACGAAUUCAAUGUACUGGCGUGUCUCAGACGUGGAGAGGAUUUGCGCUUGGCUGGUCAGGCAUGUGGCGAGAUCUGGACUUUGGAGAUAGAAAGGUUUCUUAUGCUACCAUCAAAAAGUACCUCGGUUAUGCCAAGGGACGCCACGUUCGGCGCCUUGCAAUGAUGGAUGCAGAUCAAAACAGGAUGAAGAAGAUACUGCAAUUGCUUAUAGAUGAAAACUGUCAAUACAUUGAAGAUCUGGACUUUGUACGAUGCGAGAUACCUACGACAUCACUACCACGCAUGCUGAGACUUGUCGGUAAGCAUGUCAAAAGCAUGAGAGUGGAUGAAUGCGAUAUACAAGUAGCUACGGUAUUCAAAGAGGUGUUGCCACGGUGUACGUUGCUAACCCAUCUGUCUAUGCUGGGCAUAGAGACAGGAGAUAUGGAAGACUUGCGACAAAAUACACUGCCUUCCCUGGUGUCACAUUUGAGGCUUUCGAUCAGCGGAGAGGCCAACUUGAAUUGGAUACUAGCCCAGUGCAGAGGAGUAAACGUGUUGGAGGUCAAGACAACCGACGUUCCCAUCAGGGAUGCAUUUAUCAAGCUCAUGACGAUGCCCUAUCUGAAAGAGAUGCACUAUACUGUUGGAUCCAAUUACAGAGUGAACACAAGAUGGCCUUUACCAGACAGGACUACCACCACGCCAGGGCUUGAAACGUGUAGUGUACGCGGUGAUAUGUCAUUCACAGGCGAGCUAUUAGCCGGCGUCAUCAGAAAAGAAUACCAGAACCUUAAGCAUCUCUCAAUGCUUGACUGUACCUCGAUGGACACCACGCUGGCACGGCUCGCUAUGGACCCGGGGUUGCCCUGUCUUGAAGUGCUGGAGAUUGACAAGAUGAUUGUUCUCGAAGAGUGGAAUCUGCACACCAUCAUAUCGUCGUGUCCAACUAUACAAGAACUGAGCAUGUCAUGGAACUCAGGAGUCACCGACAGUGUGUUGAGUGACAUCCAGACGGUUACCAAGAAAUUACGAAGACUAGACCUUUCUCAUUGCAAUAGCAUCACAGGUGUUGGGUUACAGCAAGUAGUGCAGGCACAUCGAGAAACUCUUGAAAAGCUGAAACUGAACAACUGCCAGAGAAUUAGUUCAGAUGCCAUUCGAUGGGCCUACGACGUGCUGGGCAGACGAGUUGUGGAAUGCAAAUACGACAAUUAA